GCCGCCAUCUCCAUCAUGCAGUCCCGGGAAGAAGCUCCGCGCUCUCGCCGCCUGGCCAGUCCCCGCGGCGGGAGGAGGCCCAAGAGGAUUUCCAAGCCUUCAGUUUCGGCUUUUUUCACGGGCCCGGAGGAGCUGAAGGACACGGCUCAUUCUGCAGCUCUGCUGGCACAGCUGAAGUCUUUCUACGACGCGCGGCUGUUAUGUGAUGUGACCAUCGAGGUGGUGACACCUGGCAGCGGCGUGCGGGAAGCUUGUGCCUCCUUCCUAGCCCGCCGCCUUGACCUGGCCAACUGCACUGCCAUCCUCAAGUUCGCUGAUGCCUUCGACCAUCACAAGCUGCGAUCACAGGCCCAGUCCUUCAUCGCCCACAACUUCAAGCAGCUCAGCCGGAUGGGUUCAGUUCGGGAGGAGAGUCUGGCAGACCUGAGCUUGGCCCAGCUGUUGGCCGUGCUGCGUCUGGAUAGUCUAGACAUAGAGAGUGAGCGGACAGUGUGUCAUGUAGCAAUGCAGUGGUUAGAGACGGCUCCCAAGGAGCGCGGUCCCAACGCUGCGGAAGUCUUCAAGUGUGUCCGCUGGACACACUUCAGAGAUGAAGAUCAGGAUUACCUGGAAGGGCUGCUGACCAAGCCCAUUGUGAAGAAGUACUGUCUGGACCUUAUCGAAGGGGCCCUGAAGAUGCGAUAUGGUGACAUGUUGUACAAGUCUGUGGUACCAAAGCCAGAGAGCAGCAGCAGCUCUAUUGUAUCUGUAGCAGAAAAUCCACCUCAGAGACUGGGUAUGUGUGCCAAGGAGAUGGUGAUCUUCUUUGGACACCCUAGAGACCCCUUUCUCUGCUAUGACCCAUACUCAGGGGACAUUUACACAAUGCCAUCCCCUUUAACCAGCUUGGCUCACACUAAGACUAUCACCUCCUCAGCUGUCUGUGUCUCUCCAGACCAUGACAUCUACCUGGCUGCCCAGCCCCGGAAAGACCUGUGGGUGUAUAAGCCAGCCCAGAAUAGUUGGCAGCAGCUUGCCGACCGCCUGCUGUGUCGCGAGGGCAUGGAUGUGGCCUACCUCAAUGGCUACAUCUACAUCUUGGGUGGGCGAGACCCGAUUACCGGCGUUAAAUUGAAGGAAGUGGAAUGCUACAGUGUUCAGAGAAACCAGUGGGCACUGGUGGCUCCUGUGCCCCAUUCCUUCUAUUCCUUUGAACUAAUAGUGGUUCAGAACUAUCUUUAUGCUGUGAACAGUAAGCGCAUGCUGUGCUAUGAUCCUAGCCAUAAUAUGUGGCUGAACUGUGCUUCUCUUAAACGUAGUGACUUUCAGGAAGCCUGUGUCUUCAACGACGAGAUCUACUGUAUCUGUGACAUUCCAGUCAUGAAGGUCUAUAACCCAGCCAGGGGAGAAUGGAGGCGGAUUAGUAAUAUUCCCUUGGACUCAGAGACCCACAACUACCAGAUUGUCAAUCAUGGCCAAAAGUUGCUUCUCAUCACUUCUACCACCCCUCAGUGGAAAAAAAACCGGGUGACUGUUUAUGAAUACGAUACCAGGGAAGACCAGUGGAUUAACAUAGGUACCAUGUUAGGUCUUUUGCAGUUUGACUCUGGUUUUAUUUGCCUAUGUGCUCGCGUUUAUCCUUCCUGCCUUGAACCUGGGCAGAGUUUCAUUACUGAGGAAGACGAUGCACGGAGUGAAUCUAGUACUGAAUGGGACUUAGAUGGAUUCAGUGAGCUGGACUCAGAGUCAGGAAGUUCAAGUUCUUUUUCUGACGAUGAAGUCUGGGUGCAGGUAGCACCUCAGCGAAAUGCACAGGAUCAGCAGGGUUCUUUGAUGCAAGUUUUUCUGCUGAAAGAAAGGGAACAGCUUGGAGGAGAGGGCGCACCUAUUCAAAGGAACUCCGGUCCUUCCUUUUUUCCAUGCUGGCUGUCUACCAGCUGUGUUUGUGAAUGUUCAAGAGAAGAUAAAGGAUGGAGAGCUGGAAUCAGUCAACUGAAUUGCUUGUCAGGAGACUCAGAAGAUUUGGAGAAAGACCUCUUUCCUCCAACAUGCCCUUGGCAAGAGUCAAUCCAAAGCAGUGCCACAGGCUUGGCACUGUGCAAACAGGAACACCACUCCAAAGUGACUCCUGCCCUAAGGAAAAGGAAAGAUAACCACACAUAUCAGUCUAAUGCCCCACCAGUGGGCUGGGGGCAGACAUCUGGUCUAACUGCAGGCCACACCCACCAACAAAAGCUUCUCAGAAGACAAUACAGGGGGACACCCUGUAGCUCAGAGCUACCGCAGCUCUGGCAAAUGUUUUAUCUGACUCAACACAAGGCCAAGGCAGCCCCAGACUGGCCCACUAGCAACACAGAGAUGAAAUCUUAUCACAAAAGGCAAAGAAAACCAUUGCAGACGACUGGACUGAAGGCAAAUGUUGUUCACCCACAACAGUAG